AUGAACGACACAAGUGACUGGAUAAGAUCUCAGGAGAAGACAGAUGAGGUUCAAUAUGGAAGCAAUAAUGAUGGGAGGGUGAAUAGAUAUCGAUCUUGGAAACAUCCACCACAAGGAUGGGUAAAAUGCAAUUAUGAUAGAUCUUUCUUAGGGGCUGACCAAAAUGCAAAGGCGGGUUGGAUUGUUCGAGAUAACAGAGGAACGUAUUUGGGAUUAGGUCAAGCUGAAGCAAAGAAGGUUUCAAGUGCCAUUGAAGCAGAGUUUCAAGCGUUAAUAAUCUCAAUGCAAAACUGUUGGUGUCGAGGUUAUCGAAAUAUCAUUUUUGGGAGUGAUAGUAGAAACGUGGUGGCUUUAGUCAACAAGUUAUCUCUAAACUUCGGGUUAUUCAAUUGGACAAGGGAGGUUUGGAGUUGGAUGACCAAGUUUGACGAUAUCUCUUUUACUUGGGUGCCACGGGAAGGAAACAAGCCUGCUGAUAUGUUGGCGACGAGAAAUCUUACAAACCAAGAAAUCUUUAUUUAUCAUCCUUAG